CCUUGAUGGUUAUGCUGUGCUCAUAUAUUUUGCUGAGGAAUGACUAGUAUGUACUUUCAUUGCAGGUCUACAAACAGAAGUCCUCUGCUCGGAACAUGAUCCUCACCAACACCAAGAAGCUCGCUCACCAAUGUAUGCGAGAGGUACGGAGGGCUGCUAUCCAGGCACAGAAAAACUGUAAAGAAACGCUGCCUCGAGCCCGGAGGCUAACCAAAGAGAUGCUUUUGUACUGGAAAAAAUAUGACAAAGUAGAGAAGGAACAUCGAAAGCGAGCAGAGAAAGAAGCUCUGGAACAGCGAAAACUUGAUGAAGAGAUGCGCGAGGCAAAAAGACAGCAGCGGAAGUUGAAUUUCCUUAUCACGCAAACAGAGCUGUAUGCUCACUUCAUGAGCCGGAAGCGAGCUUCUGGAAAUGACGCCUUGCAGGAGGAAAUCUUGAUGAAGCUGGAUGACAGUGUGAUCUUCAGACAGAUUGACAUUGGAGGUGGUGUGAUGGUUAAUGUCAGUCAGGAGGAUUAUGAUAGUGAAUACUACAAAGCACAGGCACUGAAGAAUGCAGAGGAUGCUUUUCGAGUACAGCAAGCCAAAACCAGAUUGUUCGAUGAGGAAGCAAAGGAGAGCCGCAUGGCUGCACUACGGGCAGCCAAUGAGUCCGGGACUGGUUUUGGGGAGAGUUACAGCUUGGCCAACCCUUCGAUUCGGGCUGGUGAAGACAUUCCUCAGCCUUCCAUGUUCAAUGGCAAGCUUAAGGCCUACCAAUUGAAAGGCAUGAAUUGGCUGGCCAACCUUUAUGAACAGGGUAUUAAUGGAAUUCUGGCUGAUGAAAUGGGACUUGGGAAGACAGUACAGAGUAUUGCUUUCUUGGCGCAUUUAGCUGAGAGAGAAAAUAUCUGGGGUCCAUUUCUAAUCAUCUCUCCUGCCUCCACACUUAACAACUGGCAUCAGGAAUUCUCCAGAUUCGUCUCACGAUUCAAGGUGUUGCCUUACUGGGGGAACCCACAUGACAGAAAGGUGAUAAGGAAGUUCUGGAGCCAGAAAACAUUGUACACCCAAAAUGCACCGUUCCAUGUGGUGAUAACCAGUUACCAGCUGGUGGUUCAGGAUGUGAAAUACUUUCAACGGGUAAAAUGGCAGUACAUGGUGCUGGAUGAGGCCCAGGCACUCAAAAGCAGCUCCAGCGUUCGUUGGAAGAUUUUGCUGCAGUUUCAGUGCCGGAACCGGUUGCUGCUGACAGGGACCCCUAUUCAGAACACUAUGGCAGAGUUGUGGGCGCUGCUACACUUUAUUAUGCCGACUCUCUUUGAUUCCCAUGAUGAAUUCAACGAGUGGUUUUCCAAAGAUAUUGAAAGCCAUGCUGAGAACAAGUCUGCCAUCGAUGAGAACCAGCUGUCACGUUUGCACAUGAUUCUCAAGCCUUUCAUGUUGAGGAGGAUCAAAAAGGAUGUGGAGAAUGAGCUCUCUGAUAAGAUUGAGAUCCUGAUGUACUGUCAGCUGAAAAGCAGGCAGAAAAUGCUGUACCAGGCUUUGAAGAAUAAAAUUUCCAUCGAAGACCUGCUCCAGUCAUCCAUGGGAACCACACAGCAGGCCCAGAACACCACCAGCAGCCUCAUGAAUCUAGUCAUGCAGUUCCGCAAGGUCUGUAACCAUCCAGAACUGUUUGAACGCCAAGAAACUAAAUCACCUUUUCAUAUGUCCCUGAAACCGUACAACAUUCCCAAACUUAUUUACAGAGAUGGGCAGAUCAAUCACUUCAACCAUUGUCGUAACAGGUGGUUACGAGUCAUUCUAUCACCAUUCUCCCCAGCCCACAUUCACCAGUCUCUAUUCCAUAGAAAAGGUAAUGAUGAAGGAAGCUGCUUUUCUUUUCUGCGACUCAUAGAUGUAUCACCGUCUGAAAUGUCAAAUGUGAUGCUUCAAGGAAUGCUUGCAAGAUGGUUAGCUCUUUUUUUAUCACAGAAAGCUGCCUAUAGGCUUCACCAUGCACGCAGUUGGCGAGAGUGUGAGGUGAGGAGGCAACAUCUGAACAACGCAGACCUGAUCAUAUGGGUGGAUUCCUGCACAUCUUUCCCCAACAUCCACAGCAGUAGAAGUUUCCAGGAUCUUUGUUUUACUGGCUAUUGCAAAGCAGUAAUCGGCCACACCCAGCACCUUAUCCAUCGACGAAAAUUGGCUACCUCAUCUAUCCGUCACAGUCAGCCCACAGAAAUGCCAGCUUUCCUCUACAACAGCAUACCCAAGGUAACUGCUGUUCCACGGGACAUGUACUGCUGUGAUCGGAGUGCAGAGAACGAGCGUCGACUGAUGAAGGAAGGUGGUCACCUUACUGCCAAGCAGUGCCUCUUGUAUGGAACCCCAGAGCUAGCUCUUCAUUGGAGAAAUCGGCUGUCCUUCUUCUUCCUUGAAAAUCCUGGGGGUUUGUUAGCUGUUCAGUCUAGACAUGGCUGGUCCUUCAUUAGGAUUCCUGGUAAAUUGAUGAGAAUUUCACUUUUCUGA